AUGAUGAGCGAUAAUUUGUCGGCUUCUUUCCCGAAUAUGCAAAUGGAUGUGUUUGGGAUACAUCUCGACUCGUAUCAAAUUUGUGCCAUUAUUUCCGCACUCAUCAUUCUUCCGACGGUUUGGCUAAGAAAUCUCCGUUUGCUUUCGUACAUUUCAGUUGGUGGUGUGGUGACAUUGGUACUAGUAGUGGCCUGUUUGGUGUGGGCCGGAGUAUCUUCCGAUGUCGGAUUCCAUCCAACCGGAAAAGCGAUCGAUUUUCCGAACUUACCAAUCACAAUUGGUAUUUUCAGCUUUUGCUAUGGCAGCCAUUCUGUUUUUCCAAACAUAUAUUCCUCCAUGCGCGAGCCCUCCCGAUUUCCUUCAGUUCUCAUUAUCAGCUUUGUAACUGCCGGUUUCCUAUACGCCGGAGUAGCAGUUUUCGGUUACUCCAUGUUUGGCGAAGCUAUAAAACCCCAGUUCACAUUAAAUCUUCCCACAAACUUGGAACCUUCGAAAAUCGCCGGAUGGGCUGUGAUACUAAUUAAAAGUGUAAUAAAACUAACACAUUUUUUUUAUUUAAUAAUUCAGGUUGUAGCACCUCUUACAAAGUUUGGUUUAUCAAUGACACCAGUGGCAUUAGGUCUAGAAGAAUUACUGCCUUCAUCUUAUAUUCAAUCCACCACCAUGUCUUUGAUAAUCAGGACAACUUUGGUCUUUUCGACCUUAAUUGUAGCAUUGACCGUUCCGUACUUUGGAUCUGUUAUGGCACUGAUUGGAUCCCUUCUUGUCAUGCUAGUGUCUGUUGUGUUGCCAUGUGCUAGCAGUAUGCGAAUACACGCCGGAAGACUAUCUAAAUUAGAGAUUAUAACAAGCACGGCGGUUAUAAUAAUGGGAAUUUGUUUUGCAAUGGUUGGGACAUAUUCAGCAGUAUCAAGUAUGGGUAACUGAUGGAAGUUAAUAUGGUUGUUGGUUUCUUCUUUCUUGUAUAUAAGCUAAACUUUUAGUGCAAUUAUGUACAAAACUACAAGAAGAAGAUUUCACCAAAUAUUUUGGAGUUGAUUGCUACAUUUUCUUUCUAUUUAUUUAUUUUUCUUCUUU